AUGCAGUAUUUCAGUAAUCUUUAUUAUUUUAUUUUUAUUUAUUUUUAUCAUUUAAGUAUUCCAGAUUCAAUGACGUUAAAAAAUACUACACCUGAGGCAUUCAAGUCAAUGCUGGAAACUUACAUGAAAUUUAUAUUUGUACGGGAUCCAUUUGAGAGACUCUUCUCUGCCUAUGUGGACAAAAUCUUGAUCCCAACAAUAUUAAAGACACGGGUUGUAAAGUUCUUCAUGGAUGAAAACCUGGUGGCUAAAGAAAGUCUGCCUUGCAAUCAGAAAAUUUCAUUCGGAGACUUCAGUUCCUUGUUGGCUGACGCAAUCAUGCAGAAGAACUUUUUCGACUGGCAUUUUUCAACCAUGUCGUCACAAUGCCACCCGUGUCAGUUCAACUUUUCAAUGGUUGGCAAGAUGGAGACUUUCAUGGCAGAUGUCAGCGACUGCUUGACACAAACAGAAACGGCAGAAAUGCUAUGGCGACAUCUUCAAAUAAGAGGAUUCAUCUCUAAAACGAUCUCACUUCCUCCCAAUCAAAGUAAAAAUGGUGUGCUUUCACUGGAAAACUUCAAAUCAGCUGCCAUUCGAGCAUACGAGCAAUCCGAACCCAGACACAUUAGAAUGCGGCAGCGAGAAGAAGCCAUGAUGGAAGCCUACAGUCUUGUCCCGAGGGAGACCCUGGAGAAACUGUCCCAGCUCUACGCAGAGGACUGUUUAUUGUUUGAUUACUCGUGUGAUAUCGAUAGGUUUCUCAGUCACAAAAUGCAGCCGUUUUAUUUUAUUGGUGUCUGA